AUGGCCACUCCUGUACCUGUAACCAACUUGGAAUGGAGUGCUCUAAUCUCGAAAACCGUUGCUAGCCUCCCUCAAAUAAACACAACAAACUACCCACCCCCUGGAGACCCCCUGAACUCGAUCCCAAAGACAAUAGACCACACUCAACUAGCCCUUACUGCAACAGAAGCUCAAAUCGACACCUUGUGCACUGAAGCCAUCAAGUACAACUUCGCAACCGUCUGCGUGCGCGCAAACUAUGUUUCGUGCGCCGCUGCGCGGUUGAAGGGAAUUGACAUUGGCGUGGCAUGUGUCAUUGGCUUCCAUGAGGGAACGUAUAGCACCGCCGAAAAGGCCUCGGAGACCCAAGGUGCAAUCAACUGUGGUGCAUCGGAGAUAGAUAUGGUUAUCAAUUACCCGCUGUUGAAGGAGGGGAAAUAUACAGAUGUAUACGAGGAUGUCCUUGCGGUACGGAAGGUUGCUUCAAAUCCGGACGAUAUCGGCGACCAUAGAGUUGGUUUGAAAGUCAUUCUUGAAACAUCGCAGUUGAGCCGCGAGCAGAUUGUUGCGGGAUGCGUGAUUUCCAGUUUAGCUGGGGCGGACUUCGUCAAGACCAGUACAGGCUUUAAUGGGCCGGGGGCUAGCGUGGAGAAUGUUGCGCUGAUGAGGGCAGUUUGUGAAACUCUUGGGAAAGGGGUUAAGGUUAAGGCCAGCGGUGGAGUGAGGACAUCUGGAGAUUGUGUGGAUAUGAUCAGGGCGGGGGCGGAGAGGAUCGGGGCCAGCGCUGGAGUGAAAAUAGUGGAGGAGUUGAGAGGAAAUUCGGUGGGUGCCCCUGCAGGAGACAGAAGCUAUUGA